UAAACAGCUAAGUCUAGUGAAAAAUGGUUGUCCGUCCCGAGUCCCCAAUCAAUAACUGUGAUGAUGACUGGUUCAAAGAUUACGAGUGGAUGAAUGAACAGGAAAACUUUGAAGAGGAGUUCUUGGAUUCCCUUCAUCUUGAAGAGUUGAACAAGGUAGCUCAAGCGAUAGAAGAGGAGCUGGUUGACACGGAAGUGACUGAUAACAUGAACAAUGUGAGGUUGUCCAGUUCUGAAAGUGAGCACAAUGCUAACAAUCAGUCUAACGACAACGAGCCUGUUCAUCAGAACGGAGAUAUCCUCAACUCCAGCAACCUGAACCCUAACGCAGCAGAGUUUGUCCCUUCCUUCGUUCGAUCUCGCUAAAUUCCAAUCCUACCACAUUUGUUUCAGAAAUAAUAAUCAUAUCGGUUUGUGUAUAAUGGGGGCCUUUAGAACAUUUCUUGUUUAUUAUUUGUGAUGUGUACCUAUAAUAAUAUAUAAUACGACUAUAAUAAUUAUAAAUUAUAUAAUGAAUUGUCUGUAAUGUUACAAUUGCUAUUUUAACAGGGGUUUCUAUAACUUGAUACUUAAAUAUUAGUAAUUGUAAUGUUAUGAUGAUUUCAUAAAAAUUUGGUAGGCUUUGUGUGUAUUAUAAUGCUGAACCUCAAAUCGUUUCUUUUAAACAGUGUUCGUUUUCGGUGGUGUACCGGUAACAAAAUGUGCAAUGAGAAGAUUUGAAAGUAACCUAACAUACAGCUCAUUCUUUGCCCGGAAAUCAGAGGUCACAGAAAUCUGGCAAAAUUCCAUAUUUUGUGUUUUAUGAGGUAGUAAUUUAUUGGAUACCAAAUUUUACCGUUAGUUACCUGACUAUUAAUUGAGUAGUCCAUACCCACUUCCUUCCGGUUGUGCAUAUGUCAUAGGCUUCGGCAAUGCGCUCAUUUAAAAACGUCUUAAUGUUAACUUUCACUCCAAAAGUUGCACAAUUUCAACUGUACACCACCCAUAUGUUCAAAGUGCUUGCUUAUUUAAAGAAUUUCAGUUUCACACAACGUAUUAAUAAGGCAGAUAAGCAUCAUGAUAAUCGUUAAAUUCCUUAAUAUCAAAAAACUUGUUGAGGACUUGUUUGUGUUACAUUACAAAAACUGAUGACUGGCUAUGUGAAAGGUUUAGAAAAAAAUGUUUACAACUUAGUUAUACACUCGGUGAAAAAAAAAGUACAAAAGCUUUCUUAAAUUUAACUUGAUUAUUAUAUGUAUAUAAAUCAUAGAUUUUAUCGAUCAGAGGAGAUUAAAGUUCAAUUAAUGAUUUACCAUCACGGCGACAUGCUAAUUAGAGACAUUUUCAUUUCAUUAGAUUUAGAUUAUAUAAUCGACAAUAUAAAUUAUAAGGGAUUAUUUAGAAACGUUGUUCGUUUGUUGAACUAUUAAAUAACUAAACAUAUUAAAGUGUUUACCUUGCUUAUUGCGUUAUCAGUUGCCAUGAUUACAUAGUGGCUUUCUUUAGUCUAGAAUGACAACCCAGUGUUAUAUGGUUUUUAAUUUUAAUUUUGUGUCAUUAUUUAUUUGAACAUAUCAUAUAAACAAAAUAAACAAAUCUUUUGCCAGUUAUUUA